AUGUACCACUCCCACCUCAAGUCCUUGACUUUCAACUCAAAACCUAUCAUCACGAACCUCACCGUUAUUGCUCACGAUCAUUCUGCUCGCAUGUCGGCCGUCGUUGCCAAGUGUCUCGACGACCACAUCAUGCAAUCCCACCCCUCGAUCCGUCUUGCCGCUCUCUACACGCUCGACUCAAUCUCGAAGAACAUCGGUCAUCCUUACAUACAGCUCUGGUCUGCUCGCAUCGUUCCCAUCUUCCUCGAGACAUAUCGUUUGGUCGACCAGCCCACCAAGAUGCGUAUGGAGGAGCUCCUGGCGACAUGGAAGACUGCUGGCCCAGGUGCCCGUCCUCUCUUUGGCGACAACGCUCAGUGGAGCAUCGAACGCGCUCUGUUUGGCAGUUCAGGCAUGCCUCAACCGAAUGCAUCACCAGCUCCUGUCGCGGACCCGCGUUCCAAUGCUUCGCAAUCUAAGGCCAAGGCGAUUGAGAACAUCGACAAGCUGUUGGCUGUAGAUGGUCAGUCUCUGGCUGCGAACCCUUCAGAUCAGGCUUUGCACGAGCGAGUUGACUCCCUUGCGCAGCUCAAACAAGUCAUCCUCACUGCUGACCUGUCGAAUGAAGAAAUGGCCCAGAUUCAUGCUCAGCUCGAUAGUCUUUCAGCUGCGGCGCAAAGAGCCAAUCCCACCGGCCAUGCUGCUGCUAUGCACGGCCAGCCACUUCCGCCGACUGCAGCUGCUCCGAUAUCGGUCAGCUCCCCAACUCCCGCACAUCAAGUACCUGCCGCACUCCCGCAAGGUUGGUCGGGAGCAUUGGCCAAUCUUUCGGCGUUGGCCGCUCAACCUGCCACAGCGGCCGCGUCGGCUGGGCAAGCACCGCCUGUCAACAACGCUGCUUCUGCGCUAUUUGCAUCUCUGAUGCAAGCGGGCUUGCUUUCUGGCUCGAACUCGAACUUGGCCGCUGCGACUCCACCGCCGGCCGCCGUUGAGCGAGAUCAAGACGAAGACUACAUCAACGCCAUCCUUGCUCUCGACAUCAAGACUUCAGGUCCAGAGUUCAACCGCGAACCCGCCUCCUCAUAUGAGCUCAUUCUUCACAAGCAUCUUCCGCUGCAAUGUCGCCAGUGUGCUAACCGCUACCCGACCGGCAACAAGGGUCAAGGUCGUAUGGACGAUCACCUUGAUUGGCACUUUACUCAAAACCGACGUGCGAAAGACUCCGCAGCACGUGGUCAGUCACGUUCAUGGUUUGACCGUCUAGAAAGCUUCAUUCGUGGUGGAUUCGACGACUCUGUUCCAGCAUCCAAAGGUCCAGGCGCUGGAGGGGCAUCAGGCGAAGGCGAGAGCAAAUCAGGCAUGACAGCAGCUCAAGAAAAAGCAUUGAAAGAAAAGUUUUCCAGAUCAUUCGUAGUAGCUCCCACAGAUCCGGAUCUGGCAAGCAAACCCUGUCCGAUCUGCAAAGAAGCAUUCAAAUCACAAUGGAGUGAAGAUGAAGAGGAAUGGAUCUGGUUGAAUGCAAUCAAGGUUGAGAACACACAGGCUGAAGGUGCGGUUGGCGGUGUAGUGUACUAUCACGCGAGUUGUCACUAUUCGGCAAAGAGUCUGACGGAUAGUGUUGCAGGAGGUGAGAGAAGGACCGCAAGUGUGGGUGUGAAGAGGAGAAGUGCGAGUAGGACUGCGACGCCUUCGUUGCCUGGUGGAACGAAGAAGCGCAAAUCUGGGAUCGAUGAGGUCGAGGAGGAAGAGGAAGAGCCACCAGCGAAAAAGUCGGCCACCUGA